CCCUCUGUUGAUUUCGGUAACCUUGCGCUACCCCUCAAUUUACCAAAAAGCCCUUCCACAGAUCUACGAAGUCCAACUGGACCACCAAGCAGACGACCAUCGGUUGACUUGAGCGCGGGAGCCGGAACUACGUUGUUUUAGAUGUGGUCGUUAGGAAAGCUAGUUAAAGAAUCAAUUAGACAGAUCUUUACGAAACUUGUCUUUUUCCUGAGCGGAAUGUUCAGGUCCUAUUACAAGUUUCAGCCUUCCGGUUCAUUUGCACGAGAAUACGGUGGAUCCGGAAGUGGUGGACUCUCAUCAAGCAGACGAUAUGGCUCCACUUACGACAUGGGUUCCAGCCGUGGCUACGGCAUGGGAAGCAGCAAAUAUGGAGGCAGCAGUGGGUAUGGCGGAAGUGGGGGAAGUAACUAUUUAAACACCUCUUACGGAACGCCUCGGUCAACAUAUAGACAGUCUAGUUACGAACCGAGACUUUCCGCUUAUACAGGGGGAGGGUCAGUAAGGGAUAGAGUGAAACAAAUGAACCCUGACAAUCGUAGUGGGGGUAGUUAUACCCCAUUGACCAGCCGCCGUGCUUCUGGUGCUAGGGACUAUGGUGGAAGUGGCGGCGGCACCAAUUCAUGGGAUAAAUAUUCGGGCCGGAGUGUAGGCAGUGAUUAUAGUAAUCGUUCAGGAUAUAUGUCUGACUAUGGUGGGAGUAAUCCUUCGCUUUAUGGUUCUUGGGACCGAACUUCGUCACGUUCAGGGAGAGGAUACGGCGGGGCAAGUCGUGAGACGUCGCCGGUAAGUAUUCGGACGCCGGCACGUCAAUAUGAUUACAGUAGCAGUGCGUCACCGUCGCCGUAUUCAACGUAUUUACGUACUGCAGAGACUCGAUCUCCAUCUACGCAACACAAAUUUGAGAGACAAAAUUCAUUACGAUCAGACGCGUAUGAAGAAUCUCCACCAAGGCCGCGCCGAAAAUGGGAGGAGGACGUCUACGGUGUGAAGGCACGGCGUGAAGCCCUUCCUGAGCCCGUUAAACCUCCUCCUAAGGAUUAUUCUUCUGAUUCCGACAGUGCUCCUGAGGAUGAGAAGGGGCAUGCUAGAUAUUUAAUGAGUAGGGGUACCUCCCCUAUGCCAGAGCCCGGUAAACGAGACAGGCGUAACAAAGACACAUCACAAAUCAGCAAAAUUAAAAGGGUAAAAUGUCCGAAAGAGCCUCGCGGUAGAGCUCGCAGUGAUUUACGGCGGCGACGGUUAGUGGAUUGCGCGACUCAAACAAACCUUGAUGAAGCCGCGCCAAAACGGAGAAGUCGGCAAGGUGGGGCGGAGAAUCGGGCUUCAAGGGAAGAAAUUGCUAAAAUGGCUGCUUUGGCCUUAUUAAUAGACGAUAAUGAUAAUGCAGGUGAAAACUUUUACAAACACAGAGAACAAUUUCAGAUGCCAGCAACCCCGUUAUCACCCACUUAUAAAAAUAAAUCAGCUGGUUCGAGUUUUGAUAAAUCCCCAUCACGUGUGAACCAGCCGGAAGAAAGGGGCUGGCGUAAAUCUGUGUAUGACGAUAGUCCACCACCAAAACGGAGUGAACAAAAUCGAGAUUCUCGUUAUUUGGAAAGUUUAGAUGUACCAGACGAGAAAAACUGGCGCAAGGCCGUGUAUGGAGACCCGACACCCGCGCCUGCGCCUUUAAGUAGAUUAAAGCAUUACCAAACAGAGGAGGAUCUAAGAAUGGCGGGAGAGAGUGCAAGAGCUCGCAGAAUGCCACUCACAAGUACUCCCGCGCAUCUAAAUACGCCUGAUGAGGACAGUAUGGAGUCCCCGCCGGACCAAGAUGUUCGAUCUCCGACGAGGCGGGACCGCAGAUCUUAUAACGAUUCAGAAGCAGAAAAGCGACGGUCGCAACAAUCAGAGAAUGAAAAACGACGAUCGCAGAAUGAGUCCGAAGGUUCGAAAUACCGCCGGUCUUCUUCUAGAGACAGUAUACUGGAUGACAAACCAAACCGUCGGCGUCGUCAACGUACAUUGAGUCGAGAAAUUCUAGACGAAUCAGAACUUUCACAAAAAAGUGGCAGAACAGCGCUUACACCAGAUUCGUUGUCAGUAAGGGAUAGUAUCGAAAAGGUUCACAGUUGGAAACAAACACUUCCGCCUUCUAUACAAGACCAGCAACAUUUAGGUGUUGAUAAAGUAAGCCGGCAUCCCGAGACAGGUUUUCCGCGAAGUGACUCGGGAGAAUAUUUCUCCGCGCAUGAGCAAAAUUUGCCCUCAAAACAAUACAAAGACAAAAUGUAUGCACAGCAAACAACUUCCUCUCCGAAUUACGAUGAACAGCAUUCUGGUGGAGAGGAAGAGGUGCUAUCUCCGGGUGGACAUAGAAGGCAUAAGACACGGCGUCAUCUGUCAAGAGAUUUGUCGCAAGAGAGCAGUGUAUUUGACGAAGACCGGACACAUCAUCCGGUGAAUAAAGAAAAACUGAGAAAGUCUGAACUAAAUAGAUCGGAAGAACUUGAACGUCAAGAGCAGGAAGAGUUGGAGCGGCGUCAUCGCAUCUACGCUGGGGAAGAUCCCGCCGCCGUCGAAGAAUCUCUGCGCCAGAAAAGACCAGAAUCAUAUCACCGUGAUGAAUCACCAAGUAGACGCCGAAAGCGUUACGGCUCGCGCCAUAAUUCACGAGAUGAUAUUUUAGAUGACAGUCGAGCGCGUAAAGAGAAGAGAGAUGCGGACGCUCAUAUAAGUGACAGUUCUCAAUUUGGUUUCAACAGGGAAGGCUCGCCUAAUAGACAAGGCUAUCGAAGUAAAAGACACAGUCGUCAUAAUUCGCAAGAAGGCGUUUUGGAUAGGGAUGAGACUCGGGCGCAAGAAUAUCCGCACGCGCAGGAUCAUGCGCAAUAUAUGAGACCUCAUAGUAUGGUAGUUUCGAAUGAGAGUUUAGCAAAUCUAAGCACCACAAGUUCGAUACCCUCUAUGCACUCGGCUCUGACAAACGACGGUACUAUACAAAACGCUGUUUCUAUGCAAUCUAUAACUUCAAACGAAACACAGGAAGUUCCACCAGAAGAUCAAAUGACGUCGUCUGGUGGUUCACUUCCGGAUAUUGUUCCCGGCGAUAACAGAUCGAGGGAACAAAUUUCGAAAAAGAACCGGAAACCGGACAGAACCAAAAGCGGUUUAAUUGGACGUACGGAAGACAUUGACAACCUUCUUAAUUUCAGUCCAAAUGAAGAGGAAUUUGUCGAAAAGGGGAGAGGUCUUCAAGAAGUAAUAAAACAGCAAAAUGCGCACAUUCUUGACGCCCCCGUACCAAGAGAGCCUUCUCCUUUGAAACCGCAAGGUUCAGAGGAAAAACUUAUAGAUAUUGAAGACGAGGAUGGUGUGUGGCCGUUUCUUUCGCAGACUGAUACCACUGAGGCCGCGGCAUCUCCGAAACCCAAGUCAGCCAAAACUGAGGAAAUCUCUCAGACCGGCAAGGAGAUGUGGGACUUACUGAAGGCCAGGAAAGGACUUGUUGUUAUCAGUGAUAUUUUAGAGUUAUGCACAAAACCAAAGAGGCCUCGAUUUAUCCGCGUUCCGGGUAGUGAGGAGGAAGAGAAGAGUUUCCGUGGUUACAAUACGGCAAACGAAAUGUUGGAAAACAUGCAAGUCGACACAAAACAGCUAGAAGAUUGUGCUCUCCAGAUUUACCGGUAUCAUAAUGGGACACAGGGGGAUUAUGGGACAUAUCUGGAUCCCGAGUCCACCAUCGAUGAACAAGCAGAGGAACUUGAAGGCUUUCAGGACCACCCAUGUUCCAGCAACAAGCCGAGGAGAAAGAAUGCCCUGAUCCUGAGGACCCAACUUACUGUCCGAGUACAUGCUGUGAUAGAAAAACUGCUGAAUUCCAGUGGCCGUGAGUUAAGACGUGCCUUAUUUUCCCUCAAACAGAUCUUCCAGGAUGAUAAAGACCUUGUGCACGAGUUUGUUAACAAUGACGGCCUUGACUGCCUUAUCAAGGUGGGAGCGGAAGCCGACCAGAACUACCAGAAUUAUAUACUUAGAGCCCUGGGACAGGUGAUGUUGUACGUUGAUGGUAUGAACGGUGUCAUCAACCAUAAUGCAACAGUACAGUGGCUGUAUUCACUGCUGGCAUCAAAGUUUCGGCUAGUGGUGAAGACAGCGCUCAAGUUACUGCUGGUGUUUGUAGAGUACACUGAAACAAAUGCUCAACAUCUCGUCAAGGCUGUGAACGCUGUAGAUAAAAAGAGAAUGGUAAAACCAUGGACAAACAUUAUUUCAAUAUUAGAUGAAAAAGAUGGAGGUGACACAGAACUUCUUGUUUAUGCCAUGACACUUCUCAAUAAGGUAUUAAAUGCUGUGCCAGAUCAGGACACAUUCUACGAUGUCACGGACGCACUUGAAGAGCUUGGUAUGGAACGUAUCACACACAGACACAUGAACAGGAAGGGAGCUGACCUUGACCUUCUCACACAGUUCAACUUGUAUGAGGCGGCUUUGAAAAAUGAGGAUGGUGAGGAAGAUGAAGUUGGGCAGUUGGAAAAUCUGCGGCGAACUCCACGCAUCAAGAGUGACGGAGACAUUGUGAGGAAGAGUCGGCGGUUUUCUACAGGAGUUAUGCCAAAUCGUAGUUCUCUGGGAAGUAUAGAAGGAAACGAACCUUCUACACUGAAUAAAUCUGCACUUUUAGCCGAGGAAUACAACAAAAGAAAACAGAAAUUAAAAGAGAGAUCUGCUAUACCUCCGGAGGAACAUGAAAUGGUAGACAGAUUACCAGAUAAGCAGACACGAUUGCAACGGUUUGGCUUGCUCCAAGAUGCGUCUGACGAUAGAAGUAAAUAUAUUAAUGGCUCCGACAAGUCGCAUUCUGAUGGAACUAAUUCGGAAAUUAAUGAUACGCUAUCAGUUAAUGAUAUGAUGAGGAGCCGCCGUGACCGGCGGGCCCGCCAGCGUGACUUUAUCAAAGCGCAGGAAGUUACAACACUGUUGAAGCGGGAAGGUGAUCGAAUGUCAAUCGCGAGCAAUGACUCUACAAGCACGUGCAGUAGUAAUGGCAGUGCUGCACCUGUUGCCAUGGAAACUAAUUUACAUGGUGACAAUAAAUACUCUUCUUUGAGUUCACUUAGUGACACUGAAUCUUUGGAUAAUCAGCACCAUAAAAUGGGACGAGAGCCACCAGAUAAAAAUUAUUUGCCAUCACAGAAACCGGAUGAAUCAGGGUACCAGUCCACGGACGAUCACAGUCGAUUACAGGAGGAUGCGUAUUUAAAUGAAAAUGAAUCUCAGUUACAAAAUGGUGAUAUGCAAGGCAUUUCUAACAAUAGACGUUGGCUGAUGUACAAAAUGGCGCACAAAGACGAAGACACAGCACAAAAUGCAUUUACCGAUCAGAGUGCGCAAGAAAAAGAUAAAUUAAUAAAUGAUAAAAAUCAGACAUCGCCUGUAAGUGCUAAAUUAGAUGAUAGUCAUAAUAAAGUGAAAUCAGAAUUAGAACGUUUCGCAAACAAGAAGCCAGAGGACUCGGGACCAAAAAGACCCUCUGGGCCGGCAGGGGAUAAAUCGGGGCUUAUUAGUCAGGCCAUGUCAAACUUAAAUAAAAAGUCAGAACCUUCUAAACCUACAGAACCAGUUAUACAUAAUAAACCUGAUGCUAAACAGGCAGAAAGUGAUUUACAAUGGGAAAGGUUAGCUAAACGAUUUCAUCGCUCGCUAAAAAUAAAUGAUAUGGAUUUUACAGACUUGAAAGACGAUGAUGAUACGGAUGUGUUCGCACCUCCAAAAUUAGACUUUGAUUCUGGUGUACCCCCACCCCCAGGAAUACCUGGUGGUGUGCCACCCCCUCCCCCAGGGAUACCAGGUGCUCCACCCCCACCCCCUGGGAUGGGUCCCCCUCCACCUCCUCCUUUGGGAGGUAUUGUCCCACCACCUCCGCCUCCAAUGGGAGGCGUUGUUGCAUUCCAGCCAGCAAUGACAGUGGAUUUACCUCCACCUCCUGGUGCAGAAUUACAGAAAAAUAAAAAGACUGUGAAACUUCACUGGAAGACGGUUCAACCGGAACAUCCACACCCAUCAACUAAAGGCGAGACAAUCUGGAAAAAUAUUGUUAAAGUGAAUGUGGACCCUGAUAAACUAGAGCACUUGUUUGAGACGAGACAAGCGGAACUCAAACAGAAGCGACAAGAGGCUGCUGGUAAGAAAGAAAUCACUGUAUUGGACCCGAAACGUUCAAAUGCCAUCAACAUCGGUCUCACAGUCCUACCCCCUCCAAGAACAAUUAAAGCUGCAAUAUUAAAGAUGGAUAACUCUAUCAUGAACAAAGAAGGCAUUGAGAAAAUUCUGACGACAAUGAUACCGUCUGACGAGGAGAAGACAAAGAUUCUUGAAGCCCAGCUUGCCAACCCUGACAUCCCAUUGGGUACCGCUGAACAGUUCCUGCUCACAUUGUCCUCCAUCAGCGAGUUACAGGCUCGACUGAAUGUAUGGCUCUUCAAGCUGGAUUAUGAAACCAUAGAAUCAGAAGUUGCAGAACCAUUGAUGGACCUAAAGAAAGGUACAGAUGAACUGUAUGACAACAAAACAUUCAAAUAUAUCCUGUCAGCCAUACUCACCAUUGGAAACUUCCUCAACGGAGCUCAGGUUAGAGGUUUCAGUAUUGAAUACCUGUCAAAAGUACCAGAGGUGAAGGACACUGUACAUAAACAUUCAAUCUUACACCAUCUCUGUACUAUCAUCAUAGAGCAGUUUCCAGACAGCACAGAUUUGUAUUCAGAUAUAGGGCCAAUUACACGAUGCUCAAGGGUUGACUGGGAUGUACUGUCACAGAAGCUUGACAAGUUAGAGUUAGAUUGUAAGGCAUCAUGGGACAAUUUACGUGCAAUAAUAAAACAUGACGGCAGCUCAAACUCACAACUCAAAUCCAAAAUGUCAGAAUUUUUGGGAGAUGCUGCUGAAAGAAUUAUGAUUCUACAAAUUGUUCAUAAAAGAAUCUGCAACAGAUAUCACAAAUUGUUACUGUAUAUGGGUUUGCCAUUGUACCAAGCCAAGGACCUCAAAAUCAACCAUUUCUGUAAGAUAAUCAGUGAGUUUGCUCUGGAAUACCGAACUACACGAGAAAAAGUUGUCCAACAGAUGGAAAAGAAAGCCAACCAACGGGAGCGUAAAAAGACGCGAGGAAAAAUGAUUGUUGAUAUGGGUAAAUUUAAGGGCUCUAAGGGUUCAAAGAAUGCCAAACCAGAUGAACAGAGCGAGGAAGCAUUACAGCGUGUACUUGCUAAUGGUUACACAAGUGCUGAUGACCGAGGGUUGCCAGGGCGGCAAGGACGUAGGAAGAUGGGACCAGCAGACAACAAAAGAAACAGUAUAUCACGAGGAGGUAUAACUACUGACUCAGAGAUGUAUGAUACUGGUGAUGAUGAAAUCCUUGAAGCUUGUGUACGUACAGCAACAACACCAAGUACACGUGCACCGAGGGAACGCAGAAGGUCAAGGGGUCAAAAAGACAGAAAAUCAUACAAUAUGAGAAUUAUGCCACUAUACUGAUUACUAGUCUUGGAUAGGGAUAGUGAUACUGAACAUUGGUGAGGCGAACAUUGAAGAAUGGUCUUACCCAAGAAGAAAUGAGUGCAAUCUCGAGUCAGAACUUUUAAAAUCAUCGCAGUGUUCGACUGAAACUGGUCAACUGUGACGUCCAUACCUGAACUUUCCUGUACCUGAUACAGUGAUUGAACUGUGUGUAGUGUAAGAAUAGCCAUACUGUGAGAAUUACUUCUUGUCAUUGCUGAAGACAAGGAGAUAGGUACCAGUACCUCUGUCAGAGGGGAAGGCUAUCCAGGUUGUUGUAGUUUUGUUCAACAUAGCAAUAGUUUAAAAACAUCUGCUGUACCAUCAUUUAUAUGGCUAUAAUCUAUACUGUACUGUACCACACCAUACCAUUUCAUUUUCUUAGUAGUUUUGGGCUAAGCAUAGGAACUUUUGGUUUUGGAUGAAAUAUUUAUGUGCCAUUUAUUAUAGAAUAUGAUAUAUUUUACCUACAUUGCUGAUAGGCCUACCAUACAUGUUGCUCAUCAUCCUCGUGUUUAAUGCUUAUAUUUCGUGUUUAUUUAAAUGAAACAUGAAUAUUGUAGGUCAUAGAUUUAACAUUGACUUUACAUGUGUAAUUUCAUUCGUGUGGAGAAACAAUGGAAGAAAAUUUCUGUAAAUGGCAAAACAGACUGACAUAUCACAUGUUUAAUAGGCAAUAAAACCGUCCACAUUUUUCUUGUAAACUAUUUUUAGAUCCACUUAAACUUUCUGCAGCAAUCAUUGCAUUGAAUUUGGAAGAAUAAGUUUGUUGUUGGAAUGAAAUAUUGACGUUAUGAAUACAUGAAAAUCUGUAGAAAUCCUUCACGUGUGCAAUAGGUCCAGUUUCUGUUACUUCCUAGUUGUAGGUCUCAAACUUUGUUUCUUUAAAAAGUCCUUAUAUCAUAUAGCCUCUAGGCUUAUGGCUAUGCUAAAUUGUGUCAAAUGAUAAGUUUAAUUAUAAAGAAAAUAUUUGAGCUGUUUUUGUAUGCAAAAUAUUUACAAAUUUAUUUUUGCAAGAUUUUAAUUAUAGAAGAAGGAGUUUGUUGUAUCCUCAUGAGGGAAAAAGUUACAACUUUAAACAAAAAUUUUGUCAGAAAUUUAUGCAUUUACACAAGGCAUUGCCAUGGUGACUUAAGUUGUAAGAUGCUACAUAUAGUAAUGGACCACAGGACAGUACAUCAGUUUUCCUUAUUUAUUUUUACCACAUUGCUACUGCUGCUACUUUAAACUGUUACAAAGGUACCGGUAUUUGUAUAAAACCAAGUGUUGAAAAAUGUUGCAAAGACGGGAAAUAUUGUUGAUUUUAAAAUUCAGUGAAACAUUAUCCAGUUUAUGCCCAUUAGUGAAAUUUUGCUAAUUUGGUGGCCUUAUUUUCUGGUAAAAGAUGAUUAAGGAAAACUUAAUAAGAGUAAUAUUUUUGUGAUAACUGUUGUACAUAUUUAGGUUUACAUAAGUAUAUCUAGGUCUUGUUUAUAUCUGUCUCGGAGAUGUAUUUGUUUUGCUGAAUAUAUUUACAUGACUCAAUAGCCGUAUUGCUUAUUAUGCAUGGUUUGGAUCAAAUUAGAACAAAUUAUAAUUUAUUAUUUAUUUAUUUAUUGUUGGACCGGAUAUACAAGUUGCAGUAUUUUAUUUUCACCAGCGAAGAAAAGUAACACAUUUAACAGUGUUUAAAUACUUAUGACAGGGAUCGAAUUUAACUUUUUUUCCAACUAGCAAAAUGAUGGGUUCCACUAGCAAUUAUUUAUAAAAGCUGUUUAUGUGCUAAAUUUAAGUUGUUUUCUUGUUGUUUGGUUUCAUAUAAAAGUUCACGGUCCGGACAGGCUUGGGACUUUCUGGUUUUGAAAGUAUGAUACAAACCAAAGCACUCAAUGAUUCUUUGGACUUUUGGCUGGACAUUGAUGUUUUAAGUUUUUUCUCAGGUCACUGCCGGUAGUGUUGCUAGCAUUUUCGAGCUCCAAGAAACAUGUUAUUUUCCUCUCCAUUUUCGCAGAACUUUGCAAAUUACAGACGUCCAAAAUGAAAACAAAUAUUGCCUAGAUGCUUACUUACAUAUUCGAUAAUUACUUUUGUAAAAAGUGACAAGCCUCUAGAAGCAGUCACGUGAUUAUCGGUAAAGUAACUGCCUGAAAGGAGUUUUUAAAGAGAAAAGGACAGUUUGAGUGAAUUCCCCGAUUUUCAAAUGUGAUCGCGAAAAUAUUUGAGUGCCAUGAUAUUCUACUCGCAUUCUUUUAUUCUUACUCGAAUUUGCGAGUUAGCGACCGUUAAAUUCGAACCCUGAUUAUUAAACUGCAAAUAACUUGAGCAAGGAACUUCGGACAUUGUUAUUGGCUACUAAAUGAGGAAUUACCAGUGUGCAGUAUUAAGGUUUUUCCUGAUUGUUUUUGAAAUUUCUUUCAUUUUAGGAGGUGAAGAAGUCUAUAUAUGACUGCUUCAUUAUGUUGACAGUGUAUAUUUGUAUGUAAUUGCUUGCCACUUAGAACAAAUAGAAUUCCAGUGCUUACAAAUUUAUGUUUUUUGUUUUUUUUUAUUUAUUGUUACCAUUUUUUCUUUAUAUAUUUUUUGUUAAUUUGAUGCCUUUUGACAUAUGCAAUACAAUUUUUAUCACUCAUUUGAUGUAACAAGUUGUUUGUGUUAGAAUGAAAUUCUGUCAAUUUUACCAUUAGAGUUACUGAUUACUGUACAGAAAUGUUUUUGUUUUCUUGUCAACAUUUGAGAUGCAUGUGAUAUCCUUCUUAGGUGACUGCAAACUGUAGGACAAAUUCACUAGAUUGUUUAAGGUUGCAUACAUAUUGUAUGACAAUACACAUUCAUUAGUAUGUUUAAGGUUGCGAACAGUCUGGUUAUCGAUUUACAGCUGUGAAACAAUAGUCUCAAAACGUGCUGUGAGUGUCUUUUUUUUCAUGUGAUCACUUUAUAGUAAAAUAUAAAAUCUCUUCUUUUAUAAAUUUCUUACACCACAAAAACUCUUUUGCUUGAUUUUUGACUGUUUUUUCUUAAUUAAACAUUGUUCACGUGGGUUUUUCUCAGCUAAUCUGUGUGUACUGUAAAAUAUUUGACAUUUGUGCAAACUUUAUUGAGCAAAUCUGCUCAGAUUUGACCUGUUUAAUGUAUUCACCAUUUUUGGAAAUGUGAAAUAGGAAAUGCACUGGAUAUACCAUGUAUAUACUGAUGCAUACUUGUCAAAUUCUUUCGACUUUGUGAACACUCUGAAUUCCCGAUAGCAGAAACUUGCAGAUAUUAGCAGAAUAAGUUUCCAAAAAUAUUAGGUAUUUUACAGUAAUUGUUCCUGUUUAGUCCCCUAACAGUACUAGAGUAGUAAGUGAGGAAUGAAUUAUGUCAUAAUAUAUAUAUCUAAUUCAAAGAUUACAAAACUUAGUUUUGAUAUCAGUGUCAGAAUGAAGCCUUGUCAUUGGUCAGUUUAAAGACUGAACUUAGAAUCCACCAAUCAGAGGCUGGAUAUUAGAGACUGAUUUCCAUUGAUUGAAAUCAUCAGUAUAUGGUGUAUACCUAGUCAGAUGUUACAGUGUAUUUUUUCAGCAUUUAAACUUUACUCAUUUAUAUGUCAUUUGUUACUGUUUGUGUGUAUUCCAAAUAUAAAGACAUAUAAGGUUUUAACAUCAAAUGUAUUUGAUCACAGGUACUGUGCAUGCAUUUAUAAUCUACUCAGAUAAUUACAUAUAUACUCAUGAACGUACAUCAGUAGAGGAGAUAUUUUUAUAUGUAUUUUAUUACAGUCUAGUUUAAAAAUGGCUUUCUUUUGAUAAAAUGGUCUAGUUCAUAUCUUCAGAUUAUGAAUUCUAAAUCAAAUUGAUUUAUGUUCACAAAUGUGCCUCGGACAGAAGAUUUUGGGUAUUAUUGCAGUUAGUAAAGACAAAAGACUUCCACAGUUUGCCAGUUAACUCAAGUAUUUCAUCUGUUUUACUUAAUGUAUAGUAUGGUAGACCUUUUUACGUGUUUCCAGUCAUUGUAAGCUCAUGUCAAUCACAUUUAUAUGUAAACAGUUAAGUGCUUAGCAGGUUUUUGAAAUGCUCAUUAAUUACCUGAACGUUUUUGCCUUAUUCAUUUCUGAUGUCAUUGUUCAAACUGGGGAGCACUGAAUAAUCUCAAAGUAACAAAAUAUUCUUCUGAUAAAACAGUGAUGUAAUAUUAAGGUAGUGGACCUGUAAUGAUACUCAGUUAUUUCCAAAUUAUUACGUAUUCCCAUUAGGCAAUUCAACAUCAUACGGACAAAAAGUUUCUCAACAUGUACAUAACUUUCUGUAGAAGUCGGAAAAUGCCAAAAUAGCAUACGUACAAUGCGUAAUUUGCAAAGUGUCAAUAUGGGUCCCCCACCUUUAAACAUUUUACACUAGCUUUCUGUAUGAAAAAUUUAUGUAAAAUAAUGUGACUAUGCAAACUGUGUUUUCAUUUUAUUCUGCGUCUAACCCUUGUUUCAUGUCAGUUUGAUUUAGGAUGAAACUACUUGUUUAUAUAUUAAACACACAGUUUAUAAACAUGGCCUGUUUACAGAAAUAAACAGCUUUGUGAAAACUUAAUUCUGUACUUUUUUGUAAAUAUUUAAAAAGAAAUUGAAUCACAUGGUUUAUAUUACACAGUCAGUUUCAUGUCGUGUGUGUAUGUAUGUAGGCAUAGAUAUGUAUGUUCAAUUAUAAACCAUGACACGGACAGACACAGACAGUGACUUUAUCUAAUGACAUUAUUAAGCUUGCUAUAAAACACGCUUACCAUGUUAGUUCUUUAAACAUGAAUAGUUUUAAAUGCUUGUGUAUCCUCUAUAGCUCUCUAAAGAGAGUUUGUUUUAUGGAUUUUUUUCUAGUAUAUCAGAUGUUGUUUUCUUUUGCACACAUGCAAAGAGAUUUGUCAAGUCUUUCAAUGUAUUGUCUUAAAAUAUGUUAAAGUGAUCCAAAAGUUUCGAGUUGAUAGUUUGUUGCGGCCUUUAGACACGCUUCCAUUUGCUGCCUUCAGUUCUAGAUUAAGUCUAGAUGUAGUUGAUAAUGUAUGGCAGUGUUUCACAGAAAAAAAAGGUGGUUACAAAGAGUUGUGAAGAGUUUAAGGAUGAUGAGUAAAAUUUCAUUUGAAAACUAACCCUUUAAUAAUUAUUACAGUGUUUUACAUGAAAAAUAAGUGCUGAAAAUAUUAUGUCAUGAAAUCAAAUUAUUAUAAAUUAUUACUGCAGGAUUUAACAUAAACAUUUUUUCAUGUGUACUGAAUAUAUAGUGGUAGAUUAUUUAAAGACCGUUUUUUCAGACUGUUGGAAAAGCCUGUUGUAUUUAAAUGAAUGUGAAUUGUUUGUGUGGAUCACUGUCCCACAUUGUUAUAGGUGUGAUAUAUAGUGGUAGAUGUAAUAAAUUUGUUUUUUUAUUUAAAUAUCACCACCUGCCAUACUAAUGUAUGCAUCGUUUUUGAUAUGAUUUCAAUUAAAGAUUUAUUUCAUGUAA